CUGUUUGAUAUUUCCGGUUUGAAAGAGAGAACAGGAAAACCUCUUACAGAAGAAACACGUUUUUUUUUAAAUGAGUGUUUCGCUUGAAAGAUGCCGGCUGAUUUUUAAAAUUUUUUUUUAAUCUUCAAGCUCUUGCUGCAGUCAUAAGCAAGCAAGACAUCUUAAGUCGAGAAGCAGAUCGUUCAUUGGAUCGGUUCAACUGUGAGUAGUGAUAAUGGUGAGACUGCCUUAUGUGUGAUGCAACAGUUCAGGAAGUGAAACCUUUGCCACUUGUCAGAAUACAUGAAGCUAAUUCAAACACCCUCUGCCUUGCCGGUCCUUCAGUCCUCAGCUUCUCUCGAAAAAUGAAUGCACCAAUUAGAAUGGUCCUCCUGGGAAAAACCGGAUCUGGUAAAAGCAGCCUGGCCAACACAAUAUGCGGAGACCAGCUAUCACCACCAACCACACGAUCAACUCUGAAACAAGCCACUGCAAAGCCAUCACCAGACCCGUCGGUGGGAGAAACCUCACGGUCAUCGACAUCCCGGGUUUGUUUGACACGGACCAGCCGAAGGAGGAGCUGGAGCCUGAGAUAGUGAGGUGCAUCGCAGAGUGCGCUCCUGGGCCCCAUGUGUUCCUCAUUGUGCUCAAGGUGGAGAAAUUCACAGAGCACGAGAAGGCCGUCAUCGAGAAAAUCUGCACGUGCUUCUCUGAGGACGCUCUUAAAUACGCCGUGGUGGUGUUCACUCAUGGCGACCAGCUGCCUGAUUGGACGCGGAUUGAGGAGUUUGUCGGGCGCAAUAAGCUUGUGAGUGAACUGGUGAAGAAGUGUGGCGGCCGCUGCCACGUCCUGGACAACAAGUACUGGAACAAUAAGCAACAGGAGGAAUACAGGAGCAACCCGUUCCAGAUGGAGAGGCUGCUUCAAACUAUUGACACGUUGGUGAUGGAAAACGAGGGCAAAUGCUACACCAACGACCUGCUGCAGGCGGCCGAGGAAGAAAUAAAAGAAGAGGAGGAGAACAUUCGACUGGUCUCAGGAAACCUGCCGGAUGCAGAGAUCAGAGAAAAGGCCAAGAGAAGGGUUGCUGAUAAACUCUUGAUCACAUGUACGGGCCUUGGCGUUGGCGUUUUGUUAGGGGCCAUUUUUGGUGUGGUGGUCAUGGUUGGAGCAGUCCUUACUGUUUUACAGGAAUCUUCGAAGCCAGUAAAGCUGAGGAACGCGGCGGGCCAAAUAGCUGCAGCUUCAGCAGGGAUGGCAUUAGGGGUAGGAGGAACGGCGCUGGGGGGCGGUGUGGUACCAGCAGCGACGUGUUUGAGCGUCACAGCAGCAGUUGCUGCAACGGGAGCUGUUAAAGGUGCUUUAACUGGAUACGACGUGGCUGAAGGAGCAGAGACUCCAAAGGAAGCUGCACAGAAAACAGCAGAGGCUGUGAAGAAUGAGGCGCAGGUUUGCUUAGAUACGAUUAACCAGGGCUGGAACAAAGUUAUAGAAACAAAAUGUGAAAAGUCAGAGGAGGAGAAGUCAUUACUUUGUGACAAACUUGACUGAGAUCAUCUUUACUGGCUGUGUGGAUUAUUCUGGUUAACAUUUAAAGGAUCUUUUGAAACUGGAGAGGAGGGAAGAUGUGUCAUUUAUUGAAUCUAACUAUAAAUUGUAAAACUAAUCUGAUUGGAAUAAAACAUACAUAAAUGAGAUUGUUAAGCCUCUUGUCAUAUUACUUUAUUGUCCAGCCUUUACAUCUUUCCAUGUUUCCUGUGGUGAUUUCAAAUCUACAUUUAUUUAUCCAGGUCAAAAAGUUCACAAUUUUGAUGGACAGAUGGACAUUUUGUGUAAGAAAUAAUCUAAAUUAAUUACUAUAAUUAAAAAUAUUGCAUGUGUGAGUACUGCGAUUUACUCUAUCAUCUACUGUGUACACUUAAGCUUACAAUCAUUUCUGGCUUUGUCACGCUCAUUAAUAUUGAUUAAUGUGUUGAUUAUUUUGCUUCUGAUCCAGGUCAGAACGUCAUAAUUUGUGCAAUGUGAGGAAAUCAAAAGUAAGGAAUCACAUUAGAGUUGAGGGCAUGGAAAGAAAUGCUAAAAGAACAAUUGUUGUACUCUAAUAAAAACCUUUACAAGAA